AUGGAGGUCCCCUCUACAGUCAAACAGCCAGACCAAGAGGAUCCCAAGAAGGAGAGGACAGACGGAGAGCCGGGUGAGAACAAGGAAGAAGAAGAGAGACCACAGGUGAUGGAAAAUGGAACACAAGAUGAACGCAAGCAGUGGUUUCCUAACCCUAACAUGGUGUCUGACUGUAAGCAGAUGGCCAGGGAGUCCAGUGUUUCCUACAGCCUGGGGAAGGAGUUUUUCCUUAUCGCUGGUCAUGAAAUCUGCAUUAGAGAGUCUCUGGACUCCUAUGGCGCCCUUGUCUGGCCAGGGGCGGUGGCUCUAAGUCAGUUCCUGGAGAAUAACCGUCAGCAGGUGAAUUUCCUGGAUAAAGCGGUACUGGAGAUUGGAGCAGGGACAGGCUUACUGUCUAUUGUGGCUAGUUUACUGGGUGCCUGGGUAACGGCCACUGACCUACCCGAAAUCCUUCCCAACCUGACCUUUAACCUCUCUUGGAACUCCAAGGGCCGCUACCGCUACACGCCCCAGGUGACUGCCCUCACCUGGGGUCACGACCUUGAGAAAGACUUUCCCAGCACUUCCUGUCACUAUGACUACGUGCUGGCAGCCGAUGUAGUGUAUCACCACAACAACCUGGAGGAGCUGCUGGCAACCAUGCACCACUUCUGCAAACCAGGAAGUGGCACCACGCUGAUGUGGGCCAAUAAGGUGAGGUUCCAGUCAGACCUGAAGUUCACAGAGAGAUUUAAGAGUUGUUUUGAUACAACACUGAUGACAGAGCAAAAGGAGGGGGACGUGAUGAUCUUCAAGGCCACGGCACGAGAGUGAAG